UCAAUAUAUCCUUUCAUUUACUUCUUCUAUAUGAAGUAAAUUUGAUAUAAUAAGAUGUCUCUGAAAUUUGAUAAGUGUUGAGGGAGGCAAAAUUAUGAAGAAAAGAAUUAGGGCAAGGAUCACCAAGUUUCUUCUUCCAUGUACUGCAUCCAGUGGCAACUCUACAAUUAUCCCGAAUAGCAUUGAUGUUCGUGAAGAAUACGCGAAUGCCUUCCGGACGGAAUCAUACAACGAGUUUUGGGCACGUGUUCUUUCAGUAUCCCACUUGGAUUUUGCCACGUGUAUUAGCCCCAUGGAUUCAACCACUGCAGCUCGUCUUCCUUCUUAUCGACUCUUCGCUGAGCAUCUAUUGGAUCCGGACCAACCCUCCGUUACUCGGAUCCUUACUUUGACCCAGAACCGACCCAAAACCCGCACUCUUUUAUCCGACUAUUUUUCCCAAACAGCCAAUGCUUCUCUCUUAUGUGGCCUCCUACUAAAAGAUAUCGACCGUACGCGUGUCAAAUACUGUUCUUUUAGGGCCGCCUUUCAAGCCCUCGAGAUUGGGAAUGAAAUUUCGGGUAUCCUCACCUGUUUACUUGAAUUCUCUAAUUCAACCAACCCCUUUCAACCAACUGCUCCAUCUUCGAGUAAAGUUAGCAUGAUUCAAGCCGGUUGUUGUGAAUUGCUAAAACGGCUUGAGUCUAGCCGAGACAAGGUUCGAUCUAAGCUCCAAAUAAUGAGCAGUUUACAACACGGGUCGGGCCUAUUUCUAGUGGCGUUAACGACUUCACUCACUAUAAUAGUUGCAUCCCAUGCUCUAGCAUUGCUUGUGGCUGCGCCGAGUCUUGUAGCUAUUUCGCUUAAGCUGGCUUCCAUGAGAAGACUUGCAAGGGAGUCGGCUCAGUUGGACGCAGCUGCUAAGGGAACUUAUAUAUUGAAUAGAGACCUGGACACAAUUAGUCGGCUAGUGGCUCGGCUAAAUGAUGAACUUGAGGACAUGUGUGCAAUGGUUAAGUUUUGGCUUGCGGGUGGAGAAGAUCGACUACAAGCCAGUGGAGAAGUGGCGCGCCAGCUGAAGAAGAACGAUGCUAACUUUACUCAACAACUUGAUGAAUUAGAGGAGCAUUUGUAUUUGUGUUUCAUGACCAUACAUAGGGCUAGAAACCUUGUUGUGAAAGAAAUUCUGAAUCCGGAUCCACUUACGACCUGAUAUUCUGAUUCCAUCUGAUCUUAUCUUACCAUUACUUAAAUAAAUAAAUAAAUUAAUCCA